UACUUUAGCAUUUAACUCGUAGUGUGACGUUUUGCUUUAACUCUUGUCCAAGACGAAAGUUUACGAUAUUAUUCAAUUGAAUAAAUUGUAUAGAUCUUUGAACAUACGGAGAUCAGAUUGCAUACAUUUUAAAUUUGGAACACGAUGUCAGUAUCAGUCACUUACUUUAAUCUGUGCGGAAUUAUAGCCUUCCACAAUUACGUAUAUUUUAUUAACAUAUUGAAGAUUAAAUAGGUAUCAAAAUGGCUGACGAUCUUUCCGUUAAAAGUAACAAGAGCGGUAACAAAAAAGCUGUCGAUAAAACAAGAAGGAAAAGGAAAGAAGGGGAAACUUCGUCUGUUGUAAGUGAAUCAAGGUCGCCGGCGACGUUAACGUCUUUUUCAAAGCAAGAUGACACAAAUCGGAUGUUUCAGUUGUGUGCACCGUGUCUACGAGAAGACAGAAAUGUGGAGUCUACAAAUUUUUGCGAUAAUUGUCAAGAAAACUUAUGUCUCUCGUGUGUGCAUCAGCAUAGUAAAUUCCCUACGAUGAAAGACCAUGUUAUUCACGGACACCAAGGCGAGACAGUACCGAUUGUUCCGUUAAAACUAGAGAAAUGUGAGAAACACAAUGGGAAGGUAUUGGACAUGUACUGUUACGACCACGACGCCGUUCACUGCGCUGCCUGUAUUGCCAUAAACCACAGAAAGUGUAAGAAAGUUUCAUACCUUCCAGAGGCCGCUAAAGAUAUAGCUGAAAGUCAAGAAUAUAAAGAUGUGUUAGAAAGUGUAACUAAAAUUAAAGUUGAGCUCGAAACAUCCAGAACUCGAAGACAAGAAGACAAUAUUCGGCUCGUAAAGGAAAAAGAGGACGUAAUUAUCAGAAUCAAGUACGUGCGCAAGAACAUUAACAGAUGUCUUGAUAAUUUGGAGAAAUUGACAAUGGACAAACUGGAUGCUGAAUACAAAAAGUACAACGAAAAGGUUAACAGAGACGUAGCAAGUUGUGAAGAUAUCAUUUCAAAACUUGAAGAACUCACACAAAAACUGUCUAAAGACCAACAACUAGACGACGCAAACAGAUUCAUUCAGAUGAGACGGGCGACCCACACAGUUAGUGAGGGACAGAAAAUAGUCCAAAUACAAGGUGAAGCAAAUGGAACAGAACAAAUACAGUUUAUACCGGACAACAGAGUAAAUGAAGUAAUCAAAAGCUUUCCGUCGCUUGGCUACUUUGCUUCCAAGCAGAAGCUCUUACAAGGGACUCUGAUUGGUCAAUUCGAUGUCCAUGUGGGUGCUGACGUCACUACCUGUCAAGUACUUGGCUCUGACUUUCUGCCGGACGGAAAAGCUGUAGUAACUGAUUGGGAAAACAAAAAAUUGAAGCUGUUAGAUACCUCAUACAAAGUAAUAGAUUAUUUGAAGCUCCCGGGAUGCCCUUACAGUGUAUGUAGUAUCAGUCAUAAUGAAGGGGUGGUCAGCAUAACCAACAUGAAGAAACUGCAGUUCUUUUCGAUAGAUUCUAGAAACAAGAUAAUAGAGGGGAAAGGCCUGAAGAUGUCCGAAUUCUGUCGUGACGUUGCCUGUAGCAACAGCCAAAUCUUUGUGGUCUGUGGAGCUUUAAAAGAAGGCGACAUGAACCAGAUAAGCAUACUAAGUAUGGACGGAAAACUCAUACGAAAUAUUGAAUCUAAUAAUUCAAGUGAAAACAUGUUUAUACGCCCACAAUACAUAGCAUUAAAUAGGAUAGGCACUAUAUUCAUUGGCGACGAAGAUAAGGGUAUUAUUGCACUAGAUGAAAAUGGAAAAGUCGUCGAUGUCUUUUCGAACAAGCUUUUGAAAUAUCCACACGGCGUAACUGUCGUAAACAACGACCAAAUAUUUGCCUGUGGAUUUGGGUCACAUAAUCUAGUCCAGAUUGGUAGGAACAUGGUGCUACUUGGAGAGGUUUUAUCAGAGAAAGCCGGAUUCAGACACCCGCGUUCUGUGUGUUACGAUGUGAACAGCCAACGAAUUUUGGUAACUUGUAAAAACACGAAUUUUGUUAGAGUGUACAGUUUGAAAUGAUUUUAAAAAGGAGAAUAAUAUAAUGUCUUAAAGAAACUAAUACAGACAGCACUAAUUUGUAAACUUCAGAUACACAGAACAAAUAUGUGGUUAGUGUACACUUUUCACACAUUUGUCACUUUCAAUAACUAAAAGAUUUUAUUACCACUACCGAAAAAUCUCUACAGCUGUAUGGAAACAAAAAGACAGAAAAGACUUUUCUUAUAAGGAUGACAAUAAUGGAAAUGAAAUAAAACAUGCUGUCUGGGAAUAAACUCCCUAAAUUAUUGUAAAGAGUUAAGUUUGUUUGGUCAACUAUUGCCCUAACAAUCACUUAGGAAGUGAGAUAACGAAAGAAAGUUGGAACGUGUAAUCUAAAGUGUUUAACUAUUAAGAAGCAAUCUAUAACUCUAUACCAAUGAUAUAUUUAUUAUUAUUAAUUAUGCUGUAUGGUAAA